CGCCGGGGCCCGGGGGGUCUGCGUGCCCAAGAAAAGGAGGGUUUUGGUGCUUGCUGUCUCGUGGACGCCAUCAGGCCGCUUUGGACUCGUCUGGACUGAAGCUGUUGUCCAGGUUUGUCGUCUUGGUCAUCCUCCUGAAGAAAAGGAGCUCUCGGUGCUGCAAGCUGAUUGACUAAGAACAUGGAAUAUAAUAUGGAUGCAGUUGCUUGAACAUCAUUUCUUCCAAAGCUUGUAUUCUGCAGAUUGUUGGCCUGAAUGAUUGAUUGAUAAGCAACAUACACAAGACUAAUACCAAGAAAACAUUCUGUCUCUUGCUGCUGUGUUUAAUGAAAAUGAUGCAGAGUUGCUUCUUCUGAAAUGCAGUUGAAAAAAAUGAGGGAAAUUUUACCAAGAUUGUACCCUGGCCAAAUUAAUGAUAAAAAUAAUUCUUUAACUACAUCCCCAAAGCAAUCUGAUGAUAAAACAAAUUUGUCAAAAGGGGCAGAUGACCAAAACUGCUGUUACCAAGGAACUGAGGCUGAGAACAAUAAGUUGUCACUGAUAAGCUGUAUAAAAUGCAGAAAUGUUCAGAAAAUUUCAAUGCAAGAUAUAGAAAAGCAUAAGAAGCUUGAGUGGACUGAAGACAAAAAAUUCAUCUGCAAAAAGUGCAGUCAUAUUAAACCACCAGCUUUCAGUUUUUUUCCUGAGGGUGCCAGUGCUGCAGACUAUGAAAAACAUGAAAGAAAAACCCCAAGUAAAACCCAGAAAAUGUUUAAAGUAAAAAAUUUUCUGCCAGGUAAAUACUACUGUGAUAAAUGCAGAUUUUCAACAAAGGAUCCUUUACAGUAUAAAAAGCAUAUAGGACAACAUGAAGAAAUUAAGUUUCUUUGUUCCCACUGUAGUUAUGUAUCCUACACCAAAGGAGAAUUCCAGAGACAUUUGGUGAAACACACUGGAACCUUUCCAUAUCAGUGUGAGUACUGUGAAUAUGGUGCUGUUAGGCAUGACUAUAUAGUUAAACAUACGAGAAGAGUACAUGAAACACCCAGAAAACAACUGUCAAAUACUCUCAUGAGCCACAAGCAAAAGAAGCAGAGUCAAAGCACUUUAUGUAAAAAGCAGAAAUACAAUAAAAUUCCUCUCCAAAAUGAACUUUCAAAUUUGUCUUCAAAGAUGAUUUGUGAGAUUCCAAGUAAAGCAACUAAAACAGUGUGCUCAUCUCAAAAUGUAGAAUGUAGGAUAAACACGGACAAGACAAUAUUGGAGCCAUCUGAAAUGAGUGUAUGUGAGAAUCAAAGUGUGGAGGUUGAGGUUUAUUCUCCAAAAACAGAGCCUUUACAGCCUGGGAUGCCUUUAACAGUAAUUGCACCAUCUGAACUUGUAGUUCCUUCCAACUGUUUAGCUCAGAUCGUAGAGCUUAAAAUAGUGAAUGGAGCACAACAGCUGGUUCUUAAACUAAUUCCGAUGAAAGAAGCAACUUAUAAACCUGUGAACUGUGCUGAAGAGGAACUUGAGAGUCAAGGUAUAGAACGAUCUGCAGAAGUAAAAAAUCCAUCUUCUGUGUGUCAAAAUGAGUUACUAACUAUGGAAGUGAAUGUAAACAAAUUAUCCAGUGUUAGUAACCAGCUUAACUUGGAUAGUACGUAUGACAAGAAUACUGAAUGUUUUAGUUCUUCUGAUUCUCAACUCUCAGGCUAUAGCUCUGUAUCUAUACAGAGGGAAGAUACAUCAAAAUUUUGCUUUCAUUUGGUGAAAGGUAUUGAUGUCCAUUCAGGUGUUCUAGAACUUUGUUCUCCAUCUCUGGUGAUGAACAGUACUGAAAAAAAAAGUGGUCUUAAAUCCUCAAGGGGGAAAGUAGGUGCAAAAAAUAGUGAUCUGUGUUGUUACGAAGAAGGUGAAGAUACAUACCAUCCAAAAUACACUGAAGUUAAGAGUUACAAGAAUGUUUCAGUAGAAGCUGCUCAGGAGGGCAAGAAUUCUGCUGUUGGUAAAGAAAAGGAUACAUUGUCUGUGAGGAGAGUUGACAAAGAACUUAGGGGUCUGCCAGUCAGUUCUACUGAAGCGCAUUUAUUUGGAAAGGGUUUUGAUAAAAAAUCUAUUACAUCUUCUGAAGCAGGAAAAAACUUCCACGUUACUAAAACUCCAGCUUUUGAGGAUAUAACUUUUGGCUUGAGCAAAGUAAAGAGAACUGAAACCAUAAGUCAAAGGAGUAGUCAUCCUCUGGAGUCACUAGAACUGCAGAAGAUGGAAAAUAAAGGCAAUCCUUUUGAAGGACCUGUUAUUUCUUCUGUAUUUUCUCUUAGCUCUGGGGCUAAAAACGUUCCAGAGGAUGUCAGAUGGGAUGACACAACACGCAGGAAGAAAUCAGCAACAUUGCUGUGUAGAAAGAUUGCUCAACUCAUGAAUGCUGCUGAACCUAAAAUGAAAUCCAUGCCCUUGAGAUGUCAGGCUUCUAGUAAAAAGUUGCUUUUACCUCAAGAAAGUUCAGCAAGCUGUGCCCCUGAAGUGGAGCAACCUUCAACUGUGUCUGAAGUGCAUGGUGAAAGAAGUGUGGUUAGUACUAAAGGACAUAGUGAAGAUCAGCUCUUUGCAUUUGCAAGAACUUCUAAAAAUAGGGUAACUAAAAAUUCCCACGUUGCUACCCCAGUGUUUAUCCCCAAAGGGACAAUGCUGAGAGUGCUGAAUGCUACUAGCAGUAAAAGCUCAUAUGGAAUAGAUAACAGGAGUGAAUCAUCAGCUCCUGUGCAUAAUGAAAUGUUUCUGCCUCGCCCAGUCCCCAUCAGUGUUUCUGAGACACUUAGCAGUAAUUUCCCAUGUUUGCCUAAGCAGAGUGAACCUAGUGCUGAGUCCCAAACUAUAUCACUCAGGCAAAGACCAAAGCGAGAGGCAAGUGCUAAAAAUAACAGCAAGCAAGCUGGUGUACCAUUUCAUAAGAGCAGUGAUGUGAGCAAACAAAGCAAGCCCUAUUCAAAAAGUCAGCUAAGUCCCAAAAAUAAGGCAAAACAAGCAAGCUUCAGAGAACUUCCUAAGAGGAAAACAAGAGCUCAGCUGGAAACCACUUCAGGUUCUGAUACGUCAUACCUGUUGACAGCAAGACGUCUUCGACUUGUUCCUGUGAAAAUGAAUCAGUUGAUAAAAUGUCCUCGUCGUAAUCAGCCAGUUGUGGUGCUGAACCACCCUGAUGUCGAUUCACCAGAGAUAAUUAAUGUCAUGAAGACUAUCAACAAGUAUAAAGGUCAAGUCCUGAAAGUAGUUCUGUCAGAAAGGACAAGAAGUUGUCUUGGUGUCAAACGUUAUCGAAAGCGUCUUACUCUUCAGAAUGCUGAGGCAGGAAACCAAGCAAAAAAGCAGAGUAUGCUAAAAAUGAAGCUAAAAAAGACCCACAAAAACAACUACCAAGUGGUGGAAACUUCACCAGCUGAAGCACUUCAGUGUCUGUUUAAGUGUUGGUUUUGUGGAAGAGUGUAUAUGGACCAAGAAGAAUGGAUAAGUCAUGGACAGAGGCACUUAAUAGAGGCAACCAAGGGUUGGGAUGUUCUUUCUCAUCACGCAAAAAAACAUUAAGUGAGACCCUAGGAGAGAUUUCCCCUCUUGCUUUUAAUGAAUGACACUAACUUGCUUGUAAUGGAGGGUGGAAAUUACUGCUUUAUUUUGCCAAAAGUCCUCUACUGUUAGCAAAGUGAAGAGAGUAGAGGUACAGAGAGAUAGAGAAGCUGAUAGUGAGGAUUAAGCGCUACUUUGCACUCUUGUGUUUGAGAUUUGUUUUGGAGGUCAGCUUCAUCUGUUCCACAGGAGAAAUUUGAAGAAGAUUUGCUAUGCAAACAUCUUUCUAAUUACCUUAGGAUACUGUGCUGUAUGUGGUUUGUGCUAGGUCAGUAUGGAUUAAAAUCUUAGAUGAUGAGAUCUUUGUAAAUUUAACAGGAUUUAGUUUGCUUUAUUACAGCAUGGUGUUUCAGAGAUCGAGCACAUCUGUAUGGAAAUACACCUUUGGUACUCUGUGAGCAGCAAGUGUAUGUCAUAGGUCUUAGUGGCAAAUUAGGCACUAUGCAUAAAAAGUAAAAUUUAAAUGCAAGUGCUCUGUUUGAGUGAAAUAAAAACAUUUCCGCUGACUUCAGAGCAUGUACAAGGGUGUAAAUGAAAAAUCUAUGGAAUCAGUUACUCUUGCUAGAUCAGACAGCACUAAAAAAAUUAAUUUUGUUUAGUACUGAGUCCUUAGCUAGACUGUAUUGUGUAGGUGCGAGGGAGCAGAACGCUGUCAGGAUUCUGUACCAUCAAGCCAGAGCUAGCAUCAGGCUUGGGCUGAUAGUGAAAAGCACUUCUCUGUACAGCCUCAAGGCUGUUCUGAAAUAGUAUUAGCCAAACAUAAACCCUCUACCACCUUGUGCAUGACAGACACAUUUACAGACUCAGUAUUUGGUUAGAACUCUAAUUGGCGAGUUUAUUUACUGGGGAACUUGUUGAAGACUUUUCAAAAUGAAAAGCCAUGUUGCACAGCUUUGACAUUGACAGUGUUGAACCAGAUUUUCAGUGCAAUCUUCAUCAUGCUUAAGAAUUUAGAUGUUACAAUUUAUUUUUUGUAGGCCUCAAAUUCAUACAAGCAUGUGCCUAGUUACAGAUUAUGUCUGAUGUGUACUGACUUCAGUGCAGUGUAAACAUUGCUCAGUUGCUUAAACACUUCUCUAAAUCAGGGCCAAAUUACAGUUUUUUAGUAAAAAAGAAGGACGGGAUGACACUGAAGUUACUGUUUCUGUAUGUGAGCUGUGGAUGUUUCUCUUCGUAUUGUCAAUUUUAAAUAAUUUUAGAACCAUAUAGAAUGAAGUAUAUUGAAGCACAUACUUUUAAUUAAAAUAAUGUGUUACAGUUUUAGAAAUAUGAAAAUCAAUACUGACUCUAAUGCUGGAUGUGUGUUCUAUGUUUGAACUGGGACUUCUCUGGUAAACUGGUAGUCCCUAACUCUUUUCAUUGAUGGUGCAUUUUUGUAAACAGUUUAGCUGGGAAUAUUUUUUUAUAUACUCCAGCAGAUUAUACAUUGUUUUGAUAAAAUAUUUAUCAUGUCUACAUUGGAAUGUAAAUAUUUUAAAACUACAUCUGACUGAGGUUUAUUUUCAAAACUUAUUGAUUUCCCAUAAUUUUGCAA